CCUAUAUAUAUAAUUAGCUACAUCAGCUGUAUUCGCGUAUAUUUACGUGGAAAGAAGUCAAACAAUGGGAAUAGAGAACAGCGAUGUUUUUAUUUUUGCGACUUGUUUCUUGUUUAAAAUAUUAAUGAACAAAGAACUUGCAUCGUAUAAGUUUGUAGAUUCUUAAACAAAUCUACAAAUAAACAUAAUCAAAAUGAAGAAAACGGAGAAAUUCUAUUCUUCGAGUGAAAAUUCGUCCAGCAAACAUAGCAUAGCCAGCAUUAGCACAAACGGUGCAGAUGAAAGCAAACUUAGCCUGGCCAGCAUCAGCACAAACAGUGCUCAAGAUGAAAGUUUUAAAACUCCAAAGCACUCUGAGCAUUGUCUACGUAUUAUGGAGGAGUAUUUGUACAAACAACAGUUGACUGAUGUGGUCCUUAUUGCAGGCACACGACGUAUCCCAGCCCAUAGAUUAGUGCUAAGUGCUAAUUGCGAGUACUUUGCAGCUAUGUUCACCAAUUCCCUUCGAGAAACAUUUCAAAAUGAAAUAGAGUUAAAAGAGGUGGAUGGAGAUGCACUUUGGAAUUUGAUAAGAUAUUUUUAUACUGGAACAAUAGAUCUAUUAGAGGAUAAUGUCGAAACACUGUUAGCUACUGCUUCUCUGUUACAGCUCGACAAUAUAGUCGAGGCUUGUUGUCAGUUUCUAAUUAAACAGCUACAUCCUAGUAAUUGUCUAGGAAUUCGUAGAUUUGCUGAUAUUCACGGAUGUGCAAAUCUGUUAAAGACUGCCAAUGUUUAUACUAAUGAUCACUUUAUGGAAGUUAUAAAAAAUCAAGAGUUUCUUUUGCUGUCAGCUGACGACGUUGCCACUCUUCUUCAAUCCGAUGAUCUCAAUGUUUCUUCAGAAGAAUCUGUUUUUGAUGCUCUCCUGAGAUGGUUAGAGCAUGAUCCAAAAAAUAGGAAGCAAGAAGCUAGUCGUUUAUUAGCUUUUGUAAAACUACCCUUGCUAUCUCCUACGUUUUUGACUGACCAUGUGGAAAAUAAUGAAAUGUUUCAAGAACAGAGAAGUGCACAGGUAUUAAUUAUGGAAGCUUUAAAGUAUCAUUUACUGCCAGAACGCCGUCCAAUGUUACAAUCAAAUCGAACUAGGCCAAGAAAAGCAACUGUUGGUCAAUUAUUAGCAAUAGGAGGUAUGGAUGCCAAUAAGGGAGCAACAGCUAUAGAUGUAUUUUCUUUACGUGAAAACACAUGGAAGACUUUAGCCAAUAUGAGUAGUAGAAGGUUACAAUUUGGAGCAGCUGUUGUAGAAAAAAAGUUGGUCGUUGCUGGAGGACGAGAUGGACUGAAAACUCUUAGUACUGUAGAAUGUUUUGAUUUUAAAACAAAAACUUGGAGUUACUUGCCACCAAUGACAAUACCUCGCCAUGGAUUGGGUGUUGCUGUAUUGGAAGGACCAUUUUACGCUGUUGGUGGGCAUGAUGGCUGGAGUUUCCUCAAUACUGCUGAAAGAUGGGAUCCUACAACUCGCCACUGGUCUUACAUUUCUCCAAUGUGUACUCAAAGAUCAACUGUAGGUGUUGCUGUCCUCAAUGACAAGUUAUAUGCAGUAGGAGGAAGAGAUAAUAGCUCUUGCUUAAGUACAGUAGAAUGCUAUGAUCCUCACUCAAAUAAAUGGACAUCUUGUGCACCUAUGUCCAGAAGACGUGGUGGUGUAGGUGUUGGCGUUAUGAAUGGAUGCUUGUAUGCCCUUGGAGGUCAUGAUGCACCAUCUAGUAAUCCACAUGCUAGUAGAUUUGACUGCGUUGAAAGAUAUGAUCCAAAAACAGAUACUUGGACAACUGUAGCCCCAAUGAGUAUUCCACGAGAUGCUAUUGGAGUUUGCGUUUUAGGGGAUAAAUUAUUAGCUGUUGGUGGCUACGAUGGUCAACAGUAUCUCAGUUUAGUUGAGGCUUAUGAUCCUCUGCUCAAUGAAUGGCAUCAAGUCACUUCUUUGAACACUGGAAGAGCAGGACCUUGCGUGGUUAUAGAAAAUACCUUUAUUACUUAAUUGAUAAUAUUUAAAAAACACAUAUAAGUAUUAAUGCAUUUUAUGGUUUUCAAGUUUCUUAUUUAAAAAAAAAAUGCUUGUAGAAUCUAUAAUGCAGAUCAUUUUAAUUUCAUUGAUUUUCUAAAGGUGAAAAUCUUGUUGAUUUGACUGAAAAUUAUAUAAUUUGUGAUAUACAUGAAAAAAAUUUCAAGUGAUAAUUUUACUUUAUUAGACAUGAAAAUUGAGCACAUACAUAACUGCAAGAGAGUUAUGCAAGCCAAGUAUGAAGGUGAAUUAGGAUUACAGAGGUGAAUGUAAAUUUACAUACAUAUAAAUGAGCCUAAUUGAAUUAUUGGAAAUAUGAAGACAUUGCUUCACAUAUAUAAUUAUAUAUGUGUGUUAAAAUUAUAAUUUCUGUAAUUUUAUUUUAUUGUUGAUGGGUCCUAUUUAAUAAUCAUUUUCCAUUAUAUCCCUUAAAUGUUUAUUUAAGUAUCAGUGUCAAUGUAGUUUUAUACGUUUAAGCAAACAUUUUAAUUUUACAGCUACCAAUAUGUGCUUGUACUGUUUUUGUAAUCGAUAUACUUAAUAAAACAUUUUUCUAAAA